AUGAAUUGGGGUGAGGUUUUUGACCUAAAGACUCAGACGUGGAAGCCAUUGCCUAGCCCUAAUGACGAUAGAUUCGACCCGAACGAUCACGUAGGUUUAGUUUUGGGAGGAAGGCUAUACGUUAUUUCCAAGCGUAAAACCUAUGUAUAUGACCGAGGAAUAUGGGAGGAAACACGAGAGCUUGGUUUGGAUUUGGUUAGUGGUUUGGUUCCUGGUUUGUGUCUUUGGGACGUUAUCAGUAGAAAACAUUGGUGCGUUAUAGAAAAUGGAGUGUUUAAAGUACAUGGAGGUAGUAAGUACAUAUGGUACUAUGACUUAAGCUGUGGAAAGUGGUCAAAAGUAGUUCGGGGUUUUGGAGGUCUGUAUUCGAAGAUUGCUGAUGAUCAUAGCCGAACGAUUCAAUUAGUAAACAAUGGUGGGAACUGGUGA